CAACCUGUGACUUUAUCGCCACCGGUGACGCAUAACCGCCCACCCCCGCGCGCGGCGGGUAGCCACCCGCGGCGGCUGCCCCGCGACCCCUAUCUCGCCAUGGCUUUCUCCACAGCCACCGCCUCGCCUCUUCUCGCCCCGGGAGGCCCCCGUCCUGACCCUCCACUCCGUGGCCAGCGCAGCGCAAGUAGCGGUAGACUAGAGGAAGGUUAGGCGGAGAGAAACUAGAGGAAAAGGGGAAGGACGGGAUAAGGAGGUGAGGACGGAGGUAGCAGACCGCGAUGCUGCGGCGCGCGGCGAGCAACGCCUACUCGUGGUGGUGGGCGAGCCACAUCCGCAGCACGCAGUCCAAAUGGCUCGACAGCAAUCUUCAAGAUAUGGAAACGAGGGUGAAGGCCAUGAUCAAACUUAUAGAAAUAGACGCUGAUACUUUCGCAAAGAAGGCGGAGCUGUACUUCAAGAACAGGCCUGAGCUGGUAAGCCUUGUUGAGGAGACAUAUAGAUCUUACCAGGCGCUCGCCGAUCGAUGCGAUCGGAUUUCGGGGGAGCUCCACAAGUCAAAUCACACCAUAGCAACUGCGUUCCCGGAGCAAGUCCAACUGUCACUGCAAAACGACAAUGGCGACGGAUUCCCGAAAGGCAUCACAGGGAUCAAUAUCAGCAGAGGAACUAGCCCAGCUCCAAAGAGGGCACAAACACAUAGAAGGAUUAGCUCUCAGAUGAGCAAAGACAAGGCACAAGAAGCGAUUGAGAGGCUGCAGAAGGAAAUUUUGGUGUUGCAGACUGAGAAAGAGUUCUUUAAGAGCUCUUAUGAAUCUUCACUAAAUAAGUACUUGGAUAUUGAAAGAAGGGCAUCAGAGAUGCAAGAGGAGGUCUGGAGCUUGCAAGAGACUUUUAGUACCAGUGCAGUUAUUGAAGACAAUGAAGCUCGAGCUUUGAUGGCUGCACGGGCCCUUAUUUCAUGUGAGGAUACACUGGUUAACUUGCAAGGUCAGCAAAAGCGAUCAUCUCAACAGGCAAGAACAGAGUUUGAACGAGUCAUAGAUGCAAAAAAGAAGCUAAAAUCUUUCAAGAGUGAAUGUGGGCACCCUGAUACUCAAAAGGAGCUAAGUGAUCAUCAAUAUGUAGUGACCAGCUCUCUUCAUCCAUCGACAGAGGAUAAUGAUCCUAUUCUGCAAGACCACAGGCUUGACCUGCAGGAGAUAAGCCAAAAGGUCAAACGGCAGUUUGAGUCGUGCUCAGAGGCAUCUGUAGUGCAUCUAGCAGGAAAUAUUGAUGAAUUCGUGGAUAAGGUGAUUGCGCUGGAAAUUGCAGCUUCGUCACAGAAUGCUCAGAUCAAUAGAAUGAGAGCUGAGGCAGAUGAGCUGCAUAAGCGCCUGGAUAGUUUGGAGGAAGAGAAGGCAGCUUUAGUUGGGGAUUCCAGCAAGUUGUCUGAGAGGUUGAAGCAAGUUGAGGAGGUGCUGCAAACAAUUCAGCGCAUUGAGAAGUCUGUGCACAGUGAAAACAGAAAUGUUCACAAACAGUUAACUGAAGCAUGCUGCAGUCUUACUAAUUUUGUGGAGAAGUUGGAUACUCCUUUGAGCGAAGAAAUACUAGAUUCACCUGAAGAGUCUAAAGGAGUUUCUUCUGAAGAAGAUGCAGAUAAGCCCGGCACACUCUCCGAGUCACUUCAAGCUGAUUCAGGAACUGCAGGUAAAUCGAUGGAUGAAGAAUCAUUGGACUCAUUCGAUAUCUCUAGUGAGACACAUGAAGAAGAGGCAGAUGGCACCUUGGGGUGGCAGCAACUAGUUUUGAAUGGGUUAGAGGGCAAGGAUAAAAUCCUCCUAAAAGAUUAUGCAUCCAUCCUUCAAAACUACAAAGAUACAAAGAAGCAGCUUUCAGAAAUUGAGAAGAAAAAUCGAGAAUAUCAUCUUGAGGCUAUGUCAGAAAUGAAGGAGUUGAAGAGUGCCAACACAACAAAAGAUGAAGAGAUUCGUUCUCUUAGGCGAAUGUUGAGCUCUUUACAGGCCAAGCUCAACACUUCUCCACUUCAGUCUGCUGAGAAGUCCGAAGAAUCAUCCAAAGCAAACACUGAUCCUAGUCUUGGAGACAGAGAGUUUUCUGCGAUAGAAGAAUACAUGAAGCAUUGCCAAGAUGAAGAACCACAUGUUUCUUCGUUAGAAGAAAAAUUCAGAGAAGAAAUUAGCAGAGUAUUGGAGGAAAGCUUGGACUUCUGGUUGAGGUUCAGUACGUCGUAUCGAUAUAUCCAGAAAUUCCAAAAAACAUUUGAUAAAGCGAAAGCUGAACUGGAUAGACUUACUGAUGCAAAAGCUCAGGAGGGCGUAGACUCUGGUUCUGCUAGUCAGUCUGCUAGAAAACAAGAGUCAGCUGCACUUGAAAAGACAUUCCGCGACUUAAGUACUGAUUUACAAGUUUGGUUGGAGAAGAAUGUGCUGUUACAGGAGGAGCUAGAGAGUAGAUUCUCUUUGCUCUGCAGCAUACAAGAGGAGAUAUCAAAGAUAACAACGUUGGAUCAAACCAGUGAAGCUCACUUUACUCCUUUCCAGGCUGCAAAGUUCCAAGGUGAGGUGAGUAAUAUGAAGCAAGAAAAUAACAAGGUCACCAAAGAGCUACAAGCUGGGCUUGACCAUGUAAGGGGCCUCCAAGUGGAGAUUGGGAGGGCUAUUUUGAAGCUCAGAGACAAUAUUGAACUAUCCAUUGGGAGAAGCAACCGAGCACAACAGAACUUCAGAUCACUGUCAGUGAAGGCUGGGGUACCACUACGAACUUUCUUAUUUGGUUCUAAGCCGAAAAAACCAUCAUUAUUUUCAUGUAUGCCUGCGAUGCCGAAGCCGGUUUCUGACAUGAGGCCAGGGCUUUUUAGAUAAGACUGGUUAGAUUGUCAGCUUUUUUUCUUCUUUUGUUUGAUACUAGUGAUCUUCUCAGUAAACAUGCUAGUUAUGAUUGAAUGUUGUGUCUUUGUAGGUUCUAAGACUGUAGAGGAUCGUGUAAUCAAGUUUUUUUUUUUACUUUCUUUAACUUGUUCCUUGAUGUGUGAUGUGUACAUCCUUAUACUGAAGGAAUCUGACAUGCAAAUGUAUUAAUGCCACACUCACUUAUUAUGCCUUUAUUGUGACUUUUGGGUGGGAUGAUGUUGAAAUGUGUUCAGUUCAAAA